ACUUGGACUGGACUCAGCAGGCCUGGUUCAAUGUCAGCGUGCUGUUGAGCUGCUCGGACAUACAUAACAAAAUAUCACCGAGUAUCACCUCUUAUCAAAUCCAAUGACAUAAUAUCAUAUAUGAUAUACACGUAAAUCAUGUUCAAGCUGAACUGUUCGUUAGUCGGCUCCAUAAAGAAGUUGUGCUGCUCCAGCCGGGGAGCUGCCGGUGUGCAGCGGGCAGUGGGCACUAGCACCGCCGGGCAGCAGGAGCCCACGGCGGCCGCAGGGGGCGCAAAGGAGCCGACCAAGGACUUCAGUUUGUACGCACCACUGCCAGGUCAAGAGAGCAGUCUCCGGUGGGCGGGUCAUAAGUUUGACCAGCUGCCCAUCGCUCACAUCAAGGCCACUUACAACAAUACUCACGUCCAGGUCACGGACAGUGCUGGCCUGUCAUUGGUCAGGACGUCAUGUGGAACCGAAGGCUUCAAGAACAUCAAGAAGUCGACGCCCAUCGCCGCUCAGACUGCAGGACACUCGGCUGCCAUGAAAGCCGUGGCUAAGGGCGUGACCUACGUACGUGUCAUGGUGAAGGGUCUUGGGCCGGGACGCUUGUCUGCUAUUAAAGGUCUGAGUAUGGGCGGUAUCGAGGUUGUCUCCAUCACAGACAACACCCCUGUCCCCCACAAUGGAUGUCGCCCACGCAAAGCAAGGAGGAUCUAAAUGGACUAAACCAUGUUGUACUGGAGGGGGCGGGUUGUGUUUAUAAUUUGCAAAUAAAUUAAAAUGUUUUUCAUGA